CAUAAUCAAUGAAACAGACUUUGUGCCGAUCUCUCGCGGUAUACCCGGAACUUUUCACCUCCGUCGGGGGAUACGCGCGCGCGUCCGACCGGCGGCACACGACCAGUGAGCGUCGUCCCGAGCCGCGAACGCACCGCAACCGCACGCGCGCUGCUGCUGUUGUCCGGCGAGAAAAUCGUCCCACGAGCGAACAACCGGAAGUCCGUGGUCUUCCGCGCGUAUCGCGUUUUUUGUUUUUUUUGUAUUUUUUUUUUUUUUUUUGCUCGACGAUUAGAUUAGAUCUCUCGCGAGUCGUCGAAUUUUCCCCCCCCCGUCGGCCCCCCCCCCCCCACUGACCAUCGUCGAACACGCGACCACUGUUAUGGUGUUCAAGCGACACGGGCCUUCACGUUCCAGAGGACCGAACAUCACAGGUACGGGCCAUAGUGCACGGUGUAUACAGUUGAUACGGUUUUCCCGACAUUCUUACGACGAAAAAGAAAUAUGAACGGCACGAAAACGGCGCUUGAACACACCGAGAUCGUCACCGAGGCGGACUGGGCUCUGGCCGGCAUCAUCCCGGACGGCAUCAACGCCACUGGACUGCUGUCAGAGGACCUGGAGGAAUACGCCGGAGGUUUGACCGAAAUCCAAACGCUGAUCUUAGCAUGCGUAGCCACCGUCAUACCCCUCUUCUUGGGUCUCCUGCUCGUUCUCGGCGUCAGGAUGGUGUGGAAGAAGUACAAAAAUCACAAUACCGGCAACGGUUAUGACAACAACGGACUGCGCCGCGAAGACAGUUGCGAUGCCGUCAAAAGCUCGAGCUUCAUGCAAAGCGCCGAAGAGCUUAAGACCAGCGAGUCGCAGUACUCCGUCCUGAUGCCGGACGACAGUACGGCGUGUUGUUACGCGGCUGCGGACGCGGCCGCAUCCCUGCCGCCGCCGCUGCUGUACAACAGCCCGCCCAACAAUCGUUUCGGAGACACGAACAAAACGAACCUGAACGGGAGCAUUAUCACGUUGACUAUGAAGAACAACCAUCUGAUCGUGGAGACCGAGGAGAGAGUGCCGGGCGUGUACGUGGCGGAGACGACGACCAGCGAGUCGGUGGCCGCCGCGGCGGAAGCGGCCGGCAAGUCGGCGGACUACGAGUACGACGACGACGAGUUCGACAUGGAGGCCGAGAUGCUGCGCCGCGAGUUCCGGGAGGCGUCUCUGCUGGCCAACGGCACCGAUUGCGGCGCGACCGCGGCCGUGCUCGAGCCCAGCAGCCAGACCCAAGUGGACCUGACGGCGGACCGUCGGCCGACCGCGGCCGUCAACCAGCUGCAGCCGGCCGCGGCCGACCACUCGAGCGGCGGUUCGUCGUCCGUGGACUCGCGAGCGGCCGAAGCCGCGUACGCUUACGGCAACCAGUCCGAGUACACGACCGAGGAUGCCGCGAACAAGCACAAGGUCGUGGUCGCGACGGCCGCGGCCAAGUCCGCGUCACCGGUGUCACCGACCGCGACAGCCAACAACAACAACAACGCCGCAAUAGCUACCGCGCAGUAAUCGGUCUCGGGUCCCCACGUGAAUCGCAAUCGUUAUCCGUUAGCCGAUUUACGAUUAUGAUUAUUAUUAGCUAUUAUUAUUAUUAAUAUUAUUUUUCACUGGUUUACCAUUCGUAGUGGCGUCCCUUGAUCGGCCGGAAAUCACCGAACGAUGACCAACCCGACCGCUUUGCGACACGUUAUCCCGCCCGGACCCAUAUCCCGCCGAGCGUUCCACUCUUAUCACCUCCUAUCCGCCCAAUCGCCGACCCCGAGGACGAGUUGCGCGGCUUCGCGCAUGGACUACGCGUUUUUCUUCUCGAAAACGGUCAAAAACACGUGUAAACGUCCACGACGAAAGGACAUUUUUCUCGCCGCGAACUCCGGUCGUUACCGCACUAUGCUGCCGUAGAUUUCGAGUUGUGCGUGAUCAUUUCAGAUAAUUUCAGCAGCUCUUUCUGGGAACCGAUUCCAAUCGAGUCGACGGAACGUUACAUUUCUUUUUUAACCUUUACCUUUCGUAAAAAUCUAUCGUUAGAACCCUUUGGACAGGUAUAUUUGGACAUUGACCGGUAUAUCAUCUUCACGAUUUUUACAAACAAGUUUUUUCCGGUACGUUUAUUUGUUAACGCCGUCUCAUAGUGCUCAUUCCAUACUUUGUUUGAAUAUUUAAAUUUUAUAGAUUCAGUUCGUUUAACAUAAUUUUAUUUUUUCUAAUCAGA